AUGAGUUCUGCUGCAGCUACUUCAACAAAGGAAGCUGUUCAGCAAUUAUUCAACCAAUUCACAAAUGGAUGCGAUUCAAUCAAUUGUAAAUGCAAAUGGUGCAAAUCUUGCUCGAAUUUUCCAUUUAAAUUUAAUUCUCCAAAUGAAAUUGCCUCAAAAGUCUUAGAUUUACUUAAAACAACACCGUUUGCCGAGAUGGUGUGUCCAAAUCUUAAAACAGAAUCUCCAGAAAAAGUUGUUGAUAUAAAAGCAGCAAUUCGAUCUUCAGAUAAAGAGCAAAUACAAAACGCAUUUAAACGAUUAUUUACAGAAGUAGAGUACUUUCCAUAUCUAUUCGCAUCCAAAUCUCAGCCAAUUCGUAAAGGAAAUUAUCAAUUUGAAAGUUCGGACUUUAAAUCAUUUUUGGCCUAUUUGUCUCACAAUUUAGAAAUGAUAGAAUCUUUUAGAAAUGACUAUUACAAUCUUGUUGAAAAAAUUAUCGCCAACGACUCGAAAACUUAUACGAGAAUCCGAUCAAUUAUACUUGCAUUCUGUUUUGACAAUUUUCUACUUUUCCAUACCGAAAAUCAAAUAUCUCAAAAAUUCUUUUUUAUGAUUGAUAAUUUAUCAGAUGAGGAAGUUACAGUAUUAAUAGAUAUGUUUUCAUCGAUACCUCCAGUACUUCUCAACUCUCUUAUGGUUUGCCAAACAAUUAUUACAGUUUUAUCACAUGAAUCAUUUUCAUCAAAUAAAUAUUACGAUUUCAUCAAAUACGCCUGCAAAAUGGUCAAACAUCUACAUUACGCAUCACUCUGCAGCGAAGCGCAACUUCCAUACCACGCAUUCUUCAACGAUCCUCUUUCAAAAUUUUUCAUCAAAAGAAAUGAAAUUGCUGACUUUACACCAUAUUUAGGAGCCCUCAGUUUGAGUCUAAAAGCAAGGUGCAUGUACAGGGAGAUCAUGGACAAACAGAGAAUGACAACACACUUGGAUUUCGAAGUAUCAAGGCAAAACAUCGUUGAAGAAUCAAUUGACUUUUUGACAAGAGUCAAACCAUCGCAUUUGACACGUAAACUGUCAGUUUUCUUUACAGGUGAAGCCGGAGUUGAUGCCGGUGGCCUUUCCAGAGAGUUCUUUUAUCUUCUUGUCAAUGCUGUUUUUUCUCCUGACUACGGAAUGUUUCGAAUCAUCAAUCAGAACACAUAUUGGUUUGUUCACAGCGAUUUCUCAGAGCCAAUGAAGUUUAAUGUCUUGGGAACAGUUGUUGCACUUGCAAUUGCCAAUUCCGUUAUAUUGCCAAUCAGAUUUCCGAUUGCUUUAUACAAGAAACUGCUUGGAAUGAAGAUGACUCUCGAAGAUUUGAACCAAAUAGAACCGGACAUUGUCAAAGGAAUAAAAGAGAUGAGACAAAUGGUUCAAGAAGGAAAAGACGUCAAGGAUUUGUACUUGACAUUUGAAGCGACAGUUACGAUGUUCGGGGAUCCAAUUGUCGUGGAAUUUAUCCCUGGAGGAUCCCAGAAAGAUGUGACAAAUGAAAAUUUGGAAGAAUACAUUCAGAUGUCAAUCGAUUUCUACUUGAAUAAACACAUUGCAAACGAGUUUUCCGCCUUCCAGAGAGGUUUCAAGAAACUCGAGUCACUCCACAUAUUGGACUAUGUCUUGCCUGACGAGCUCGACAUUUUGGUCUCUGGUUUGCCAACAAGAGAUUGGAACAUCUUCAAAAAAGGUGUCAAAUAUGAAAACGGUUAUAGUCAAAAUUCAGAGCCAGUUAUAUGGUUCUGGAAGAUAUUCGAUGAGAUGAGUGAAGAUGAUAAGGCAGCACUCAUGCAGUUCAUAACAGGAACUGAUAGAACUCCUGUGGCAACUGCAAAACCAAAUUUCCUUGUAAUUAGAAGAACACCUGAUGUAGAUGCACUUCCUGAGGCUCAUACAUGCUUGAACAUGCUAAUGCUACCACAUUAUCCCUCUGAAAAGGUAAUGAAAGAUAAAAUAAUGUUUGCAAUUAAGAAUUCUGAGGGAUUCAACUUGUUGUAA